UUUUGUUUUUGGUUGCUCUAAAUUUAGUUUUAAAAAUUGGAAUAAGGUUCAUACUCAAAAAACUAUUAUCUUCUAAUUGAUUAUCUAUGGGGAACUUUCUGGGUAAUUUAAUCUGUAGGCCUUUAGUAUGUGGCUGGAUUUUAGGUACUAGUAUCUUGUAGGUUGUAGGUGUUGCUGGGUUUUUUCCACUCAUGAAAUCUUUAUAUCAGAGAGCAUGUGUGAACUUGGGUGGGCACAACUUCAAAACAUUUAUGCAGACUACGACCCUGCAAGCAGCAGCAGCAGCAGCAAUGAUCUCAUUUGUCAGAGAAGAAGGUUGCAGGUGGGGCGUGGUUUGAUAUCUAACUGAAUUAUCUCUCAGCAAACUCGGAACACCACCACAACCACUCGUUUAAUACCUUUUGUCUUUUUUGUGAUGUUAAAAAUGGACCAAAAUCAGAUGCAGAUCCAGGUCAUUCUGCUGAUUCUGUUCUUUUAUCAGAACAUACCUGCAGUGGUCAGCAACAAAGAGGUGAGAGAGGGAGAUAGAGUUGAAAUCCAAUGUGAACCUUCUGAGGUGGGAACCAUGGUCAUCUGGUUCCGAGUUUUGGAUAAUUCUGGCAUGGAGUACAUUGGGUCUUUUUCCAAAGAUGGCGUUAGGAAGGCCACGCCGACAGCCCUGUCUACUAGUUUCGGUGUGACAAACAUGAACAAAAAUGUCCUCACACUGAAUUCGUUCAAAGCUAAAGAAGACGCCGGUGUUUACGGCUGUGCGGGCCUUAAGAGCAACGAGCUGAAGUUUGGCCGAGUGACCAGACUGAGUGGAGUGAAGAAAAAGGUUGAAGAAGUAACGUCUGUAAUGGUGGCCAGAACAGCUCCACCGAAUCUACCAGCCACAACCACCGCCUGUGUUUGUGAGAGCCCCAGAGAGGAGACCUCUCUGUUCCUGGAGUGCCCUCCAAUAAUUCUGGGUUCACUGGCUGGAACCUGUGGUCUCUUCAUACUCCUCCUCAUCAUCACCAUCCUCUACUGCAACCAUAUGAGGACACGCAGAUGCCCGCACCACCACAAGAAAAGACCACGGCAGAUGCUUCCUGAAAAACAGAUGAUGACCAACCCACGCCAUUAACACGAGGGUCAGACUCACUCACCUGGAAUCACUUUACAGUGUUGGCUUCAUUGAUGUCAUUUUACAUUUGUCUAAUCCCUUCCACAGAAGUUUUUUUUAUUCUUGUAAUUAGUAAUUCUUAUUACUGUAAAUACUUAACUUUUUUUGUUCAAGUUUUCAGGUUUAACUUAAUUUCUGUUGGCCAGUGUUUUGAUAUCAUCAUUUUCUUUUAUUCAAAUAAGGAAACUUUAUGCUUUGAGUUAAUAGAAUAUCAUCUAAUACCAUGGUACAGUCUUGUGAAAUAUUAAAGUAAUUUCACUGAAUAAUCAAUAAAUAAUUUAGUUUUCAGACAUUUAUGACUUUCUUUUCUUUUGUAAUUCUUUGAAUUAUUUUCUGCAUAAUUAAAACAUCGUCCUCAUAUCUUGUAUUUUAAUAAAUUCCUUGUGAUUCUAUGAAUUUUGCUGUCAUAAUUCUAAGACUCCCUUCUUACAUUGGUUUAAAACUAUUUAUAUUGUAGUUCUAAAUGAUGUACUCUGUCGUAAACAUGUUAUUUUUAAUUAGAAAAUUAUCACAUGACCAUAUUUUAUUUGUUUUUGAAUGUAAUGUUAGAACACUAUACUUUAGGCUUACAUACUUCAAAAGAAUUACGAUAGUAUACGUGAACUACACCCACGAGUUGGUUUAAAAAGUUGGUCAAACAGACAAAAUGACUCUUUUCUCAAAAGGAUGUUUCUCUGCAGUGAGGAAGACACUUAUAUAAAAAAGAAGCGCUCAGACACACAGUAAAGCAGAUUUGCCUUUGGAAAAACUCUCCACAUAUUUAAUUAUGUAAACGAUGAGCAGUCCAAAAAACAAACAAGCUGAAUACUAGUGUCUUAACAUUUGACCACAUAGUGAUUCAAAAUGAAGAAAAAAAAGAAAAAAGAAAAGAUUUCUGC